GCUGGCAGAGCCGACAGGCAAUGAGUAGCAGAGCUUUAAAUCAGGGGAGGAGAGCAGGCCGCCGCCGGAGAUAGGAAGACCCAAUAUCAGCUGCCUCCCUCCUAUCUCCAGUCCCUAGACAGAGGUCACCGUCCUGACUGACGUUCCCGACAUGGACUUCCAGAAAACCUUAAUGGAUUAUAAAGAAAUUGCUGUACAACAUGUGCUCGACAUUCGAAGCUUUAUCAAUGAUUCCUUCAAAGAACUUGAACCAUCCCAUCUUAUAACACUAACUGUUGCCUCAACACUGGUGACCAUAUGGACGUACAACUUCAUAUUUCAACGUGAAAGUAUAAAGUCCAGAUGUAAGAAGCAAUUUUUCCGGAUAAUCAGAAGAAUGCCAUUUAUAGGUUCAAAAAUCCAGAAUGAACUCAAUAAAGCUUUGGAUUACAUGGCUCAUGGAAUGCUCAAUGAGAAAUACGGAAUGAGCUUUGUAAAAACUCUCCCGCACACUGGACUUAAGCAAGAACAAGUUAUGGAGAAGUUAAAGGAAUACUCUGCUCUAAGUGAGGUGUCAUGGGAGCAAGGAAAAGUGUCUGGAACGGUUUAUAGCGGAGAUGAACGGCUUACCCAACUUCUUGUGAAGGUGUAUGGAGAGUUUGCCUGGAGCAAUCCUUUACAUCCUGAUGUUUUUCCCGGUGUACGUAAAAUGGAAGCAGAAGUAAUAAGAAUGGCGUGUAACCUUUUUAACGGAGGUCCUGAGACAUGUGGAGCAGUGACAUCUGGAGGUACCGAAAGCAUCUUGAUGGCCUGCAAAGCGUAUAGAGACCUGGCAUAUGAAAGGGGAAUCAAGUACCCAGAAAUUGUUGCUCCAGUAAGCGCUCAUGCAGCAUUUGAUAAAGCGGCUCAUUAUUUUGGCAUGAAGAUUGUGCAUAUCCCCCUGGAUAAGAAAACCAUGAGAGUGGAUGUGAAGGCUAUGAGGAGAGCAAUCUCUAAAAACACAGCGAUGCUAGUUUGUUCUGCCCCGCAGUUUCCACAUGGUAUUAUUGAUCCUAUAGAAGAAGUAGCUAAGCUGGCCCUAAAAUACAAAAUCCCUUUCCACGUGGAUGCCUGUUUGGGUGGAUUUCUCAUUGUAUUCAUGGAGAAAGCUGGUUUUCCUCUUCCGCCAUUUGACUUUAGGGUCAAAGGAGUGACAAGCAUCUCGGCAGAUACUCAUAAGUAUGGCUUCGCACCUAAAGGGUCUUCAGUGAUACUGUAUAGCCACAAGGACUAUAGGCACUAUCAGUACUUUGUUGCAUCAGACUGGCCAGGUGGACUGUAUGCUUCUCCCUCUAUAGCUGGCUCUCGACCUGGUGGGAUUGUAGCUGCUUGUUGGGCAACAAUGAUGCACAUGGGGGAAGACGGAUAUGUUGAAGCCACCAAGAAUAUCAUUUCGACUGCACGAUUCAUCAUAAAAGAGUUGCAGAAAAUGAAAGAAAUCUUUGUUUUUGGGAAUCCUGAGGUUUCAGUGAUCGCAAUUGGUUCAAAAGUUUUUGAUAUCUACCGCCUGUCUACCUCUUUGACAGCAAAAGGCUGGAAUCUGAAUACACUUCAAUUUCCAUCAAGUAUUCAUAUAUGUCUCACAUUGCUGCACACAAAACCUGGAGUAGCGCAACUUUUUGUGAAGGAUGUCCGAGAUUCAUUGUCUGUGAUCAUGGAAGAUCCUGGAGCCAAAGCUACUGGAGUGGGUGCGAUCUAUGGGAUGGCGCAGACGAUUCCAGAUAGAUCCAUGGUUUCUGAAAUUUCAAAAGCGUUCCUGGACUGCUUGUAUCUCACAGAAUUGCCACCCAGUGUCAAACAUAUAAAUGGUUCACCUGGACACCAAUAGACAUUACUGUUUUCCUUUAGGCGGUACUAUUCCAAAUGGUUCCACAGGGCAGCAGAAUCUCACAGAGACUGCUUUUUAUUACUUUUUGUUGACUUUUAAGGGAUGUGUCUUUUUGAUGUUUUAUAUUCCCAAUGAUUAAGGUGCUUGUUGCCUAGAAAUAUUGUUCCCUUUCCUACAGAAUUGACAACAUGAGUAAUGUAUGUGCCUCGUAACAUCCGAGGAUUUGAAUAGCCUGAUGUCCAGGCUCAACAAUCCACAAAACUGCAACAUAGGGAUACAUGUGAAGAACGUGAUGCAUCACUAGUCUUUGCUUUCUUUACAGUGACCAUAUUAGAAAAGUCCAUGGAAAGCACAGGGAUGGGACAGUUUUAUGUAUUAAUGGGAUUGAUUAAGUAUAGUCUUGGUGGCCUAUAUCUUAGAAUGUGUCAUCGGGGAUUAACCACUGUCGCCAUCCAAUAUUACUAGAAUGAAGUGGCAGCAGCAGUAGGAAGCACAGAACGGAGCCAACAGUAGGCACAGCAUGGUGCUUCCAUAAGCAUAAUUCCAUGUACAACUAUUCUCCAUAAUUGAAUGUCUAGUACAAUGGAGAUUCUAAAUACAAAUGGUUAAUGGUGUAGCUGGUGGAUGUCAAGAUUUAUAGAUAGAAAACGGUUUCUGCCAAUAGACAAUAGAAACAUUUUAUUUUUAUUUUUUUCAAUUUUACUCAUCAAGAAGUUGCUGCUCAGUAAGAUUACUGGAAAUCACAAAGGACAAUAAUUGUUCUGUUGCACUUCAGCACAUUUACUGUAUGUUCUGUUUUCACAAUUGGCGAUUGUUAUACAUUUGUUUUACAGUUUUUUGUUUUUGUUUUUCCUUUUUUUUUAUCCAAAUUAAUCUGUAACCUUUGUAAUUAUUUCCUAUAAGAUGUAAAGAUGACCAUACACACUUGAUUGAAGCAAGUUAAUGGUUGAACAACCAUUUAAAGAACGAUCAUCUGGUGAAUGGUCUUACGCCGAUGCAGCCAUACACAUUUGAGUCCAUAUGGCCAUACGUGUUUAGUCUAUAAAAGGGAGAAAAGAAAAUGGCACUGUAAAGUACAUGGUAUUGUAAAUGGUGGAGUGCUAACCUGAUCAGAUUGUAUAGGUCGAGCACGAUACGAAAUAUCAACUGUUUCGCUGCUGCUGCUGCUCUGAUUAGAGUCAUGGGAGUCAAGUCUGAAACCAAUAGAUUGCAAAGAAUCGUAAAAAAAA